CCAUAUUUAUUGUAGUUUCUGAAUAUUCAUAUAGAAUUAUUACCAGCAACAAAAUAUAAUUUAUUUCGCGGAACAUUGUUGAAGAACUUGGUUUUCAGCACGGAUUUUAUACACUGCAACACAUUCUGACAGCUGAUUGGACUUGUGAAUACGUGUACUUUUCCAGGCAAAUAUUGUUGUUUUGAGCUACAAUCGCGUUCCGUUAUCACACUAGAAUUUUUAAAAAUAAUUUUGUUAAUUUUUGUGCGUCCUCAUGGCGACGUUGGAGGAACUAAAGCUCCGUGUGAGGGAGUUGGAGAACGAAUUAAUCAAGUGUAAGCAAAAACAAUGCGCCGCCGAGCAGCUCUACCGACCUAAAAUUGAAAAGAUGAGCGCCGAAGUUGUUGAUUCCAACCCUUACAGUCGCCUGAUGGCUUUGAAGAGAAUGGGCAUCGUGGAUAAUUAUGAGAGCAUACGGACCUUCACAGUCGCCGUGGUGGGAGUCGGGGGAGUGGGCAGCGUGACAGCCGAAAUGCUGACUAGGUGUGGCAUCGGUAAGUUGCUCCUGUUUGACUAUGACAAAGUGGAGCUGGCCAACAUGAACAGACUCUUCUUCCAGCCUCACCAGGCUGGGCUCAGCAAGGUGGAAGCUGCAGAACACACACUCAGAAACAUCAAUCCAGACGUGUCCUUUGAGACACACAACUACAACAUCACCACCAUGGACAAUUUCAAUCACUUCAUGGAGCGUUUAAGUCACGGAGGCCUAGAGGAUGGCAAGCCUGUGGAUUUAGUACUGAGCUGCGUGGACAAUUUUGAGGCCCGUAUGGCCAUCAAUACGGCCUGCAAUGAGUUGGGACAAACCUGGAUGGAGUCCGGAGUGAGCGAGAAUGCCGUGUCGGGACACAUACAGCUCAUCAAUCCAGGAGAAACGGCGUGCUUUGCUUGUGCACCCCCUCUGGUGGUGGCAGCCAACAUUGAUGAGAAGACUCUCAAGAGGGAGGGCGUGUGCGCAGCCAGCUUGCCAACGACAAUGGGAGUAGUCGCUGGUAUCCUUGUCCAAAAUGUCCUCAAGUAUUUGUUGAAGUUCGGACGUGUCAGUUACUACCUGGGCUACAACGCUAUGCAGGACUUCUUUCCCAGCAUGUCUAUGAAACCCAACCCGCAGUGCAAUGACCGCCACUGCAGGAAGCAGCAGGGAGUGUACAAGGCGAAGGAAGCGGAGCAACCGAAAUCGGAAACUGUCCAGGAAGAGGAAGAGGUGGUUCACGAGGACAACGAAUGGGGGAUUGAACUUGUGUCAGAGGAAGCCAAUGAAGAGACACAGCUCACAGCGGCUGGUGUUCCCGACCUCCCUGAAGGCAUCACUGUAGCGUAUACCAUCCCGGCACCGAAUAAGGGCGACUGUGAGGUGGUGGAAGAGACGGAGCAGAGCCUGGAAGAACUGAUGGCUCAGAUGCGAAAGUUGUAGACUGCACAGCAUAUGUUAAUUGACAUCCAGUGGCACUAAUAAAGACUAAGAAAAAUGAAGCUGAAUGCAUGAAAAAGGCCGCAAUGCUUCAAUAAGAUUGUAAACUUCUCAAUAAAGUAUUUAUUAGCAAGAA